UGACGCAUCCCUCCAAUUGAUUCCCAGCGUCUGUUACGAGCAACACAUGCUUCUCUCCUCCGAUCCUUUCCCCCUCAUUAAAACCUCCCCAACCCGGCAACCCCCGCUCUCAGAAGCCAGAAGCCUGCGGUCAGAAGCGGUGGCAGACACAACACACAAGGCGAAGGAGAUGAGCUCUGUGGAGGCGGCGCCGGGGAUGGGGAAGGUGGUGUGCGUCACCGGCGCGUCAGGCUACAUCGCCUCCUGGAUCGUCAAGCUGCUCCUCGCCCGCGGCUACACCGUCCACGCCACCGUGCGGGACACCGCUGACCCAAAGAAAACAUUACACCUCCGUGCAUUGGAUGGAGCAAAGGACAGGCUGCACUUGUUUAAAGCAAGCUUGCUAGAAGAAGGCUCUUUUGAUGCCGCGAUUGAUGGCUGUGAAUGUGUCUUCCAUACGGCUUCUCCUUUUUAUCACAAUGUCAAGGAUCCUAAGGCUGAGUUACUUGACCCAGCAGUCAAGGGAACACUUAAUGUUCUUGGUUCGUGCAAGAAAGCUUCUAUUAAAAGAGUGGUUGUUACAUCAUCCAUGGCUGCUGUUGCCUACAACGGGAAACCAAGAACUCCUGAUGUCGUAGUUGAUGAGACAUGGUUAUCUGUUCCAGAAGUUUGUGAAAAGAAUCAGCAAUGGUAUGUUCUAUCCAAGACUCUUGCAGAGGAGGCUGCUUGGAAGUUCUCAAGGGAUAAUGAAUUUGAAAUAGUUACAAUAAACCCAGCAAUGGUAAUCGGUCCCCUACUGCAGCCUACACUAAAUACUAGUGCUGAAGCAAUCCUGAAGCUAAUCAAUGGGUCAUCAUCUACAUAUCCUAAUUUCAGCUUUGGAUGGGUAAAUGUUAAAGAUGUCGCCCUGGCACAUAUCCUUGCAUAUGAAGUUCCAUCAGCAAAUGGAAGAUAUUGCAUGGUUGAAAGAGUUGUUCACUACUCAGAACUUGUCAACAUCAUUCGUGAGAUAUAUCCCACCAUCCCUCUUCCGGACAAGUGUGCGGAUGACAAGCCACUUGUCCCAACAUACCAGGUAUCGAAGGAGAAGAUAAGAAGCUUAGGCAUCGAGUUGAUUCCACUGGAGACAAGCGUCAAAGAGACUGUCGAAAGCCUGAAAGAGAAGGGAUUUGUUAGUUUUGACUCCAGCAAUCUGUGAAACAGAAGGCAAACAAUUCUUGAUAUUGCAUAAUUAGUGCACGCACCAAACUUUGCACCUCACACAUGAAAUAAGCGGAGCAAUACUGUAGCUCGCGGAUAUGUUAUAUUUUCAUGGACCUGAGGCAUAUGUGAUACCAACCAGGGUAGCAGGAUAUUUUUGUAUGAUAUAUAAUCAUUUCUCUAAAAUCUAUUACUUGUCAA